UCCAUAUGUAUCCCCGUCACUCCUCAUCUAUGCUCCUACCCGGCAACUUCCCACUACGAUAAGCAGCAAGUCUACGGCUCUGUCGAAUCUCUCUCCGAGCACCACUUUGAAAAAAGCUUGGAUCUUUGAGCAAAAAUGGGCAGUCUUGAGAAGGAGAGGACUACCACGGGUUGGGCUGCAAGGGACCCGUCUGGCGUUCUCUCUCCUUACACUUAUAGCCUCAGAAACACGGGACCAGAAGAUCUUUACAUCAAGGUGUUGAGCUGCGGAAUUUGCCACAGUGACAUUCACCAGAUCAAGAAUGAUCUUGGCAUGUCCCACUACCCUAUGGUUCCUGGGCAUGAAGUGGUGGGUGAGGUUCUGGAGGUGGGAUCAGAGGUGACAAAGUACAGAGUUGGUGACCGAGUGGGAACCGGUAUAGUGGUUGGGUGCUGCAGAAGCUGUGGCCCUUGCAAUUCGGACCAGGAGCAAUACUGCAACAAGAAGAUUUGGAAUUACAAUGACGUGUACACCGAUGGCAAGCCCACUCAAGGUGGGUUUGCUGGUGAGAUAGUGGUUGGCCAAAGGUUUGUGGUGAAAAUCCCAGAUGGGUUAGAGUCGGAACAGGCAGCGCCGCUGAUGUGCGCUGGUGUGACCGUGUACAGCCCUCUGGUGCGCUUUGGGCUCAAGCAAAGUGGGCUGAGAGGAGGGAUAUUGGGGCUUGGAGGGGUUGGCCACAUGGGGGUGAAGAUAGCCAAGGCCAUGGGACACCAUGUGACUGUGAUAAGCUCUUCUGAUAAGAAGAGAACGGAGGCAUUGGAGCACCUGGGUGCCGAUGCUUACCUAGUGAGCUCCGAUGAAAAUGGAAUGAAAGAGGCCACUGAUUCGCUCGACUACAUUUUUGACACUAUCCCUGUGGUUCACCCUCUCGAACCUUACCUGGCCUUGUUGAAGCUCGAUGGGAAGCUGAUCUUGACUGGUGUCAUCAAUGCUCCUCUUCAAUUUAUCUCUCCCAUGGUUAUGCUUGGGAGGAAGUCAAUCACUGGGAGUUUCAUAGGGAGCAUGAAGGAAACAGAGGAGAUGCUUGAGUUCUGCAAAGAAAAGGGAUUGACUUCCCAGAUCGAAGUGAUCAAGAUGGAUUAUGUCAACACGGCCCUAGAGAGGCUCGAGAAGAAUGAUGUCAGGUACAGGUUCGUCGUGGACGUUGUGGGAAGCAAGCUUGAUUAGUUUUGUCCUUUCCCCAUAAUUAAACAAGAAAUCGACGUGCUUGUCUCUCAAUUCGAGUUCCUCAUGCCCUCUGUUGUAUCAUUGUUUGUUAUACCGAGAGUAUUAUUUUCUUCUGUCUUCGUAUUGAAACCAUAGACCUUCUCGAUUGUGUAUUCAAUGAUGAAGGUGUUAAUGAUUUUAUCACUUAAGAAAUUUGACUAUUUGGAUUCUGGAA